UCUUCUCCUCAGGGCCUGUCAGUGAAAUGGUGGAAUCACCGACAUUUCCAACAUCACACAAAACCAAACAUUUACCCAAAAGACCCAGAUAUUGAUGUGGGUCCACUUUUCCUGGUUGGAGAUUUGCAACCUAUCAAGUAUGGCAAGAAGAAAAUCAAAUACAUUGACUAUGAAAAGCAGCACCUUUACUUCUACAUGGUUGGGCUUCCCCUCCUCAUGCCAGUAUAUUUCAACCUGCAAUCCAUGCAAGUGAUGUACCUCGGAAGAUAUUGGAGGGACAUUGUCUGGGUCAGCAGUUUUUACAUCCGCUAUUUCAUCACAUUUGGCCCUUUCUAUGGAAUCUUCGGAACAGUAUUGCUCAUAUAUUUGGUCAAGUUUCUUGAAAGUCCUUGGAUUGCAUGUGUUACGCAGAUGAGCCACAUACCAAUGAAAAUGAGCAGAGAGGAGAACAGAGACUGGCUCAGUACUCAGGUCUUGGCCACCUGUAAUGUUGAACAGUCUUUUUUCAAUGACUGGUUCACUGGGCACCUGAACUUCCAAAUUGAGCACCAUCUGUUUCCCACUAUGCCCUGCCAUAAUUAUCAGAAGGUGGCACCUCUGGUGAGGUCCCUGUGUGCCAAGCAUGGAUUGCAGUAUGUGAAUAAGCCCAUAUUGAAGGCAUUUGGAGAUAUUGUCAGGUCCUUGAAGAAAUCCGCAGCCCUCUGGAUGGAUGCAUACUAUGAAACAUGAUGCAGAUGUCAGCCUUGAUGUGCAUGUAAUUGCAUCUCUCAAGGAGGCUGGUGAAUGUGUAAGAACUUCCUGCUUACCUGUCAGUGCCAUUGGCAUACCGGAGUGUGCCAGGAGUGUGAACUCUAAGGAUACAUGAUAACUUUCUUUGAAGGUUUCCUCUGCAAAUAAGAAGCAGAGGGAACACAAGAUGGCUUUGACCAGAGUGACAAAUGGGAAGUGGAGUCCAAUGUUAUUAUUUUUUCCAAAAGAUCUUUAACGUAGUCUUACCAACAGGCCUUAUUCAAAUCAUCUCGAUCCUGGGCAUAAGUACAAGAGCCAUGUAAAAGUCUCACUGACAAUGUCAAGGGUCAAUGAGAAGAGGGUCAAGGAGAGACUUUAGAUAGAGCACUUUUUGAAAAACGGGGCAAUUGCUCUGUUGAAGAAUCGUACAUUUAAGAAGUUCCUGGUAAAGCACAAAUAUUUCCUUUUUCCUGUUUUAAACACUUGAACUUCUUUUUCUUUAAAUACUCAUUCAUUCGUUUGUUUUAAAAAAAUACAUCUCAGACAUGAGGCAUGGUUCUAGGUACUUGGAUCUCAACUGUGAUGAAAUCAAACAAUGCCCUCUUCUUGUGGUUCAAAACCAGCAGACUAAAUAAAGGAGAUGCAAAAUAUCAAAGAGAGAGAGAGAGGAAGAGUGUGUGUGUGUGUGAGAGAGAGAGAGAGAGAGAGAGAGAGAGAGAGAGAGAGAGGGAGAGAGAGAGAGAGAGAGAGAAAGAGAGAGAGAGAGAGAGAGAGAGGAAGUUCAGCUCCCUAUUGAGAAGUUAUGAGAAAAUCAAAAUAGAGAAAUAGGCCAGUAGAGUGGGAACUAUAAUACAGUAUAUAGAGUGGCCACAGAAGACUUCUGAGGAGGAAAUUGGUGUGAGAGUUGGAGUUCUCCAAAACCUCCGUGUAGCACAUUCUACACAGAAGGCACAGAGUGUGAAUGACUUGAGUCAAGAAUGAGCUUGAUUUUGCAAAGUCCUGAAAGAAAGCUUUGGGCAGAUUCUGAUUCCCCUCAUUUUGUAGAUGAAAAAGUUGAGACUCAUGAAGUUUAAACAACUUGUCCAAACUCACUUUACACAUAUUUGCCACUGCUGGGAAUUCUUUUACAUCUACUUUUACUUCUUGGAUAGGCAAAUUGUUUCUAUUUCAUCAAAGCAGUAUAAAAAGACAUUCAUUGGUUU